AUGUGGAUGUAUGUGGAAGUAUCUACUUUUGAUAUUGCAUCAGAUGCCUUUUCAACAUUUAAGGAACUACUUACCCGCCACAAAAUUUUGUGUGCUGACUUCUUAGAAACAAAUUAUGAUAAAGUAUUUAGUCAUUACCAAAGGCUGUUAAAUUCUGAAAAUUAUGUAACUCGUCGUCAAAGCCUUAAACUUUUGGGAGAGCUGCUUUUAGAUAGACAUAAUUUUUCUGUGAUGACAAGAUACAUUUCAAAUCCAGACAAUCUUAAACUUAUGAUGAACAUGUUAAAAGAGAGGUCUAGAAAUAUACAAUUUGAAGCCUUCCAUGUAUUUAAAGUAUUUGUUGCAAAUCCCAACAAACCUAAGCCCAUUUUGGAUAUUCUUCUGAGGAAUCAGGAUNAUUGUAAUGAUAAGUAA